GCCCCCUUGCCCCGUUUUGGUUGAGAAGAAAGAAGAUCGAGCGAGCGAGAAAUCCCCAAUCCCCACCAAACCCUAACCCAAACCCUAACCCUGAUUGAAACGACCAGGAGAGGAGAGGAGAGGAGCGGAUCCGGCGAUGGCCGUCGAGAAGAUGCACUUGUCCAUGCCGUUGCCCGCCGGCUUGGAGGGUUUCCCCUUCACCACGUUCCAGGCGGAGCUGGAGGCCUUCACCGUCAAGUUGAGGGCGGAGGCGAAGAAGGCCAAGGCCAAGCCGGAGGUCAAGGAGGCCAAGGCCAAGGAGGAGAAGGCCAAGCCGGAGGUCAAGGCCAAGGUGAAGAAGGCCAAGGCGAAGGAGGCCAAGCCGGAGGUCGAGGCCAAGGCAAAGGAGGCCAAGCCGGAGGUUAAGGCCAAGGCGAAGGAGGCCAAGGCGAAGGAGGCCAAGCCGGAGGUCGAGGCCAAGUCAAAGGAGGUCAAGGCCAAGGUGGAGUUGAGGACCCUCACCAAGGAGGAGGAGGAGGCGCUCAUCAAGUUCGUGGCGCUGCUGGAGAAGGAGGAGGACUUCCUCGACGCCAAGGCGGAGGCGGAGAAGGAGGCGGAGAAGUGUGGCUCCAAGAGGAAGGUGGAGUUGGAGCGGGAUGAGGAGGGGGCAGCGUUCCUGGCGUGGAUCGAGUCCACCAAGCCACAGACGGACCAAGUGGAUUACUCGGAUGGGGAUGUGUCGGACGGCUACCACUCGCAGGACGACAACAUCGGCAGCGACGGCAGGGUCAUGUCGCGGUAUGAGCGCCAUGUUCAGGCCAACAACGCUCGCUGUCCUUUCUUGGUGGGGGCCUAAUCCCAUCCACGACGGUGCUCUUGCUCUUGUGGUCUGAGAAGCUGACGAGGAGCUUCGCCAUUGCUAUCCCAUCUAGUACCAACCAUGUAUCUAUCUUAUCUAUCUAUAUUUCUAGUUGAUCCUGUGGACAUAUAUAUGUGGGAUUGAUCCGCCUACCCUGAUGCUAUUGUUGCGCACCGAUGAAGCAAUGUCAUUGUGAGACUGAUAAUCUAUCGAGUACUAGUAGUAUCUAGUAUAUGUUAAAUCUACUGGUGUUAUGCCCUUCGUAUGUGAUGAUGCAAUGUCUCUGAUGAUGCCAAUGUGAUGAGAUUUCUCUUGA